GCCGAGCCCGCCCAGGCCUCGCCUCUCGCCGAGGAAGAAGCACCAUGAGCGGCGCCGCGCUGCUGCUGCGGUUCCCGGCGGCCGCCGCCGCCCCGCGCCUCUCGCGGUGGACCAGCAGCCGCCGCUGUUGGAGCAGCGAGCCGUGCGCCCCUCAGGCGAGCCCGGUGCGGAUCGGCUGCGCCUCGGGCUUCUGGGGAGACACGGCGGCCUCAGUUCCUCAACUACUCUAUGGAGGGAAGCUGGAUUUCCUGGUUUUUGAUUACCUUUCUGAAAUUACCAUGUCUCUACUAGCUACUGCCAAAGCUAGAUCUCCAGAUUUAGGAUAUACUCCUGAUUUUGUAUUAACUGCAAUGGCCCCGUAUAUAAAGGACAUACACAGGAAAGGUGUUCGUGUUAUCAGCAAUGCUGGUGGAAUGAAUCCUCUUGUCUGUGCUACUGUACUCCAAGAAGUGGCCAAAAAAGCUGGCGUCGACUUGAAGAUUGCUGCUAUUACUGGUGAUGAUUUAAUGGGAGAGUUAAACAGCAUCAAAGAAUCUGCCUCAAAAGAGGAGAAUGGGAAGCCAUUUCCAGAAAACAUUCACAGCAUGAAUGUAUAUCUUGGUGCAAGGCCAAUAAGCAGAGCUCUUGACUUAGGAGCAGACAUUGUGGUGACAGGAAGAUGUGUUGACAGUAGCCUUGUAUUGGGACCACUAAUACAUUCCUUUGGCUGGAAGAGAGACGAGUUUGGCCUUUUAGCAUCUGGAAGUCUUGCGGGCCAUCUGAUUGAAUGCGGUGCUCAAUGUACAGGCGGAAUAUUUACUGAUUGGCAUAGGGUACCAGACUGGCAUAACAUCGGUUUUCCCAUAGUAGAAUGUUCUUCUGAUGGAAGUUUUAUUGUAUCCAAACCACCUAACACAGGGGGCCUCUUGUCUUUUGGCACGGUGGCAGAACAGUUGGUAUAUGAAAUUGGUAAUCCUAAGGAAUAUCUCCUGCCAGAUGUCACAUGUGACUUCUCUCAAGUUUCCCUUGCUGAAAUCCCAGGUAUUGAAGGUGGUGCAGUGAAAGUUCAGGGAGCAAAAGGAUUGCCUCCAUCAGCAUUUUACAAGGUAAAUGCUACGUACCUUGAUGGAUUCAGAGCUACAGCUUGCUGCCCAGUAGGAGGACCAAAGGCAAUAGAAAAAGCAAGAAGAACUGCAGAAAGUAUUUUGGAAAGGACACGCAUGAUGUUUGAUCAGCUGGGAUAUGAGGACUACAGCAAAAUUAACCUACAGAUUCUAGGUUCCGAGGAAACAUACGGACCGCACGCCAAAAGGAGCACAGAUGAUGGUCCCCGGGAAGUUGUUAUUUGGCUUGCCGUACUUCAUAAGCAGAAAAAGGCAGUGGAAAUCUUUUCCAGAGAGAUUGCUCCAGCUGGAACAGGAAUGGCACCUGGUCUCACUGGAAUAGUUGGAGGACGUCCAAAAGUAUCGCCAGUUCUGAAACCAUUUUUCUUUCUUUAUCCAAAAAAGAAUGUCAAGAUUGACAUAUUUAUCAAUGGGCUACAUGUUGAAACAUUUGAGGAGGAUCUUUCAUUCACGUCAGAUGCAGCAAUUUCACAUGAUGAGCCCAUGACUCAGGAAGAGUUAAAAGAUCUACCAAGUGGUCCGCAUGUAUAUCGUCUGGAAGAACUUGCCUAUACCAGAAGUGGGGACAAAGGCAAUUCUGCAAACAUAGGUGUAGUAGCUCGACAUCCACUGUACUAUCCAUACCUCAAGAAAGCACUAACUGCUCAGACUAUAGAAGGGUAUUUCCAACAUCUUUUAGAGAAGGAACAGUCUGAAGAGAGCUCAGUCACAAGAUAUGAAAUGCCAGGAAUACAUGGAUUAAACUUCGUUCUGAAAAAUGCCCUGGGUGGCGGUGGCACUGCAUCUCUGAGAAGUGACCCACAAGGCAAGGCGUAUGGGCAGAUGCUGUUGGACUUCCAGAUCAAAAAUGUUCCAGAUUUAAAAUCUUUGAUAGAAUAACAAAUCUUUGGCCUCAUUCAGUUUUCAAACAACAUCAAAACACAUAUCAACCCAGAAGUACAUGAUUCAUUCAAAAAUCAAGAAACCACCGAAACGUUUUGGUGGCAGUUAUCAGUCAAAACGUUCAGCUAACGCCUAUGCACAGAUAAGGAAAUGUUCUGAGUAAUGCCAGAUUUGUUGCUUUGAAAGUGACUGGUAUUUCCUGUCUAGUGCAUUGGAUGAAGAGCCUAUUUAUUUCCUGUUAAUAUAAUUAAGCAAUAAAUUUUGGAAUAUCUUUCUGAGAGAUAACCACUCCCCCCCCCCCAUUAAAAGGCCUUCACUGUUUUUUGGUACGGCAGUAGCUCUAGCAGCACUGUAAUAUAGAGUUUGCUACCAUUAAAUCAUUGCUAUUUGUUUGCAGAUAGAUGCUACUUUAUGGGAUCCAGGAAUUGUUAUUGCCUCAGUCUGCAGGAGGUCUAAUUAUACUAGCAACUCAGAAACACAUGGUUUUUAAUGCUUGCUCAGUCUUGUUUGCUUCUUCCAUCUUUCAUGGUUACUGAAACUUAGCUUCUAGAUUAGCACUGCUUUCAUUGGAGGCUUCCAAAUUCCUUUUUGGAUUUAAAAACAAAACUUGUGUUGUGUCCCAGCCUUGCCCAACCUGGUUCCCUCUAGAUGUUUUGAACUCUCACCGGCCUUAGCCAGCAUAGUUCCAUGGUAAAUGGAUCAGGGAGAAUGGUUUUUUUAAAAAAUCCAAAACAUCUGGAAAGAACCAGGUUGGAAAAGGCUUGGCUUCAAAAUGUUGCAUCAGUAGUUCAAAGUGUGUUCAGUAUGCAACCAAUUGGGUAUGUAUAUUCAGUAAAUGGUGUAGUACCGGUAUGUAUUUUAAGUCAACAUGCAGCAAGAUAAAUGAUACGUUAUACAACUAAUGAAAAAUCACUCUGGAUUUCUCCAGAUGCUGUUGAGCUAUCUUGAAUUGGUUUCCCAAUUGGUCAGGAAGAGGCAAUUGAAAGGAAGAUAAUCAGAAAAGACGAGCAAUUAGACGUUCCAGUGAUUGCACAUCCACUGGGGGUUAAAACUUCACAUGAGACAAGGUAGAAGCUGGAAUCUAUCCCUGAAUGCACUUUAAUGUAAGUUUUAUAAACAAUGGCAAAGAUCCAAAGAACUAAUUUAGAUCAGCUUAAAGAUGUGGGGCAAGCUGGGUGAUAUUUUGUAUCCCAACCCCUUUGAUAGAAUCGUAGAAUUAUGGUGUUGGAAGGGACCCCAAGAGUCAUCUAGUCUAACCCCUUGCAAUGCAGGAAUCUCAAGUAAAUCAUGCAUGACCACUGGCCAUCCAACUUCCAAGGAAGAAGAGUCCACUACCUCUCAUAGAAGUCUGCUCCACUGUCAAACAGCUCUUACUGUCAUAAAGUUCUACCUGAUAUAUGAUUGGAACCUCCUCCUUGUAACUUGAAGCCAUUACUUUGGAUCCUAGCCUGCAUUUUUCAUGUGACAGCCCUUUAGAUAUUUAAAACAGCACACCACCACGCCAUGCCACAAACUGUUUUUGAAACUCCUUCCUUGCUUUGUCAUGGCAAGGUUGGGUGGGUGGACAAAAUUGAAGACCCAUAAAUACAAGCAAGCCCUUGGACUCCUUGGGCAUGUUGAACUAGUAGCUUGGUUCUUUGGAUGUUGGCUAAUGAACUUGAAGGUCACAUUUGAUGGCUGGUAAAAAGGUAAAGGGACCCCUGACCAUUAGGUCCAGUCGUGACCGACUCUGGGGUUGUGGCGAUCAUCUCGCGUUAUUGGCUGAGGGAGCCGGCUUACAGCUUCCAGGUCAUGUGGCCAGCAUGACAAAGCUGCUUCUGGUGAACCCGAGCAGCACACGGAAAUGCCGUUUACCUUCCCGCUGGAGCGGUACCUAUUUAUCUACUUGCACUUGACGUGCUUUCAAACUGCUAGGUUGGCAGGAGCAGAGACCAUGCAAUAGGAACUCAACCCAUCACGGGGAUUCGAACCGCCGACCUUCUGAUCGGCAAGCCCUAGGCUCUGUGGUUUAACCCACAGCGCCACCUGUGUCCCUUGAUGGCUGGUACAAUGUGUUAAAAAGAUACUACCUCCAGAUAAGUCGUCAUGGGGACAGACCCUGAAUACUGGGAAGUGGUUGCUUAUCCUACUUGUGCAAACCAUGGCCUUUAGCUAGGGAUGGGGAACUCCAUCAGCAACAGGUUGGCAUGGGCUAGUUAAGAGUCCAGGCAUCAGAAAUCCUGUAGUACAGUGAAGAAUGGUAUACAAGUGCAUGCCUCACUGAAAGUGACAGUACAAUUUUUUAUUUUGGAAUUUUUUAUUUUAUUUUUAGAAUUAUUGUAGCUGUUAAGUGCUUGAAUUUUUUUUAUAACACUAGUUUGGACUAUGUUAACUUUUCCAGAAUCUUGUAGGCACAUAUUAAAUUCAAGACCAGUACACAGAUUUUGCACAUUCAUUCCUCCAGAACAGCAUACAAGCCACUGUUUAUCAAGAUUACAUUUGAAUAUGUUGAUCAGACUUUGGACUUGACCUUGAGGCUUCUGUACAGAACUAAUAAAAGUAGGGAGUACACCCGGUUUAGUCCCAUCUUCAUUACUGAAAAGUGCUACACAUAAUUUUAGUGUUUAAUAAAUGUUAAAUGGAAUAAGCA